AACGUUUAUUUUGUUAUUCGUUCUGGCUACCAGUCUCCAUAAUUUAGGCAAGAUUUAAUCUUCACAAUCAUAAAAAGAAGAAUCAUUAUUUGACAAAGAUAACCUAAAAAUGGAAAAGAUAUGAAUGCAUUUUAAUUUUAAUGUUGAAUUUCCAAUUAUUUUUAAAACCCGAGUAUAGGUAGUAGGUAAUUUGUAAAUACGGUUUAGGUAAUGCUUCUUAGGACCCAAACAAUUUUACGUAGAUUUUUAUCAUUAGCAGAAUCCGCCCCAAAAGGAAACGUUCAAUUGCCAAACAUUUUACCAAGAAUGUGCGAUACAAAAUCUUUUAAACGAAAAUACGAUGGCAGAUCAAAGAAAAGACAGUGGGAAGAAAGGCGUUCAGAUAAAGGAGAAGGAAUUCGCGGAGUAGUCGAUGAUCCGAAAAAGACUAAAAUCGAAGAAACUUCAGAAUCAAUCGCAGACAAAGAUAAAAUAAAACGUAGGAAAUUUUGCUUUUUAUUAGGUUAUUCUGGUAAUGAUUAUUUUGGAAUGCAAAGAAAUCCAAAUACCAAAACCAUCGAGGAAGAUUUUUUAAACGCCCUUUAUAAGGUUAAUCUUAUAGAUGAAAGUGGAUAUAACCAAGUACAGAAUAUGCAGUUUCAAAGAGCUUGUCGAACAGAUAAAGGUGUAUCAGCUGCCCGUCAAAUUGUCUCAUUAAAGCUCAAAGAAAACAUCGAUUUGGAACAAAUCAACGCCGAAUUACCUGAAGUGAUCAGAGUUUUUGGUUACAAACGAGUAACGAAAGGUUUCAAUUCAAAAACACAAUGCGAUGCCAGAACCUACAUAUAUCUAAUACCUACUGUGGCAUUUGCACCCCACGAUAAAGAAGUAACGCAGAAUGAUUUCCGAUUAGAUAAUGAAACUUUUGAAAAAGUGAAUAAACUUCUUCAGAACUAUCUGGGGACGAAGAAUUUCCAUAAUUAUACAUCAAAAAAGAAACAUAAUGAUCCUAGUGCCAACAGGUACAUGAAAUCUUUUGUUAUGGAGACACCUUUUGUCAAAAAUGGAGUUGAGUUUGCCAUUUUGAAAGUUCACGGACAGAGUUUUAUGUUGCAUCAAAUAAGAAAAAUGGUCGGAGGCUUGUUGGCAGUAGUGAGAGGUUUGACUACAGAGGAUGUUAUACAAAAUUCGUUUAAACCAGAGAAAAUUACUAUACCAAGAGCUCCAGGUUUAGGACUAAUGUUGGAAUAUGUGCAUUAUGAUAGAUACAACUUUAGAUACGGAAGCGAUGGGGUCCACGAGAAACUAACCUGGGACGAAUAUGAAGAUCAAAUACAAGCUUUCAAAGAAAAAUACAUCUUUCCAACUAUAAUAGACAAAGAAAUUCAGGAAGAAGCAAUGAUUUAUUGGCUGAAGAACAAACUAGCCAGACAUGCGUACGAUUUGGACGAAGAAAAUGAAAGUGAUCUCGAAUCUGGUGGGGAAGAUGAUGAUGACGAUGACGAGAAAGUUCGGUGUGAAAAGAACAAUGAUGAUGAAGAAUGUAAAAGUAAUGAAAAUAAAGUUGAAAAUGUUAAAAUUUAAUUUUUUAUCAUUUUCCUCGAUAUCAAUACAAAAAAAAGUGGUAUAUCUGUACAUAUAUUCCUAAUAAAUAUUACAGAUCAAAAAGUAUGAAUUAAAAUAUAUUGGAACAAUAUUAUAAUAGAAGUAACCUGAAGAAAAUACCGCAAAAUAGGAUAAAAACAAAAUUAAAAUAUUAAAAACUGCCAAUUGUUAACUUAUAAAGAUGGUGGACAUUAUAGACACAACAGAAGAAUUAAAAAAUAAUCCAAGUACCAUGCAAAUAUUCAAAUUAAAUAUGUACCACCAAAAUAUAUGUCCAAUGCAGAAAACAAAUAAAGAAAAAAUAAAAAUUGAUCAACAAAAAUAGGAUACACAAAUUAUAUUUAAGAUUAAGUAGAUACUAGAUGUCAUCAUGGA